ACUUCCGGUCGGUGACGCAGUUCCGCUCUGCUGGGCGCGCGGUGGACGGUCUGAAACUUUGUGCUCGGCUUUAGCCGGGUCUCCGCGGCUCCAGCGCCCAGCAUGGCUUCCUCACGAACCUCCUCCACGCAGGCAACCAAAACUAAAGCACCUGAUGACUUAGUCGCUCCCGUUGUGAAGAAACCACACAUCUAUUAUGGGAGCUUGGAAGAGAAGGAGAGGGAGCGUCUGGCGAAAGGAGAGUCUGGAAUUUUGGGAAAAGAAGGACUUAAAGCAGGAAUUGAAGCAGGAAAUAUUAAUAUAACCUCUGGAGAAGUGUUUGAAAUUGAAGAGCACAUCAGUGAGCGGCAGGCAGAAGUAUUGGCCGAGUUUGAGAGAAGGAAGCGAGCCCGGCAAAUCAAUGUUUCUACAGAUGACUCAGAGGUCAAGGCUUGCCUUAGAGCCUUGGGGGAACCCAUCACACUUUUUGGAGAGGGCCCUGCUGAAAGAAGAGAAAGGUUAAGAAAUAUCCUCUCAGUAGUUGGUACUGAUGCCUUAAAAAAGACAAAAAAGGAUGAUGAGAAAUCUAAGAAGUCCAAAGAAGAGUAUCAGCAAACCUGGUACCAUGAAGGACCAAAUAGCCUGAAGGUGGCUAGACUAUGGAUUGCUAAUUAUUCGCUGCCCAGGGCAAUGAAGCGCUUAGAAGAGGCUCGCCUCCAUAAAGAGAUUCCUGAGACAACUCGGACCUCCCAGAUGCAGGAACUGCACAAGUCUCUCCGGUCUUUGAAUAAUUUCUGCAGUCAAAUUGGGGAUGAUCGGCCUAUCUCCUACUGUCACUUUAGUCCCAAUUCCAAGAUGCUGGCCACAGCUUGUUGGAGUGGGCUUUGCAAGCUCUGGUCUGUUCCUGAUUGCAACCUCCUUCACACUCUUCGAGGUCAUAACACAAAUGUAGGAGCAAUUGUAUUCCAUCCCAAAUCCACUGUUUCCUUGGACCAGAAAGAUGUCAACCUGGCCUCUUGUGCUGCUGAUGGCUCUGUGAAGCUUUGGAGUCUUGACAGCGAUGAACCAGUGGCAGAUAUUGAAGGUCAUACAGUCCGCGUGGCCCGGGUAAUGUGGCAUCCAUCAGGACGUUUCCUGGGUACCACCUGCUAUGACCGUUCAUGGCGCUUAUGGGAUUUGGAGGCUCAAGAGGAGAUCCUGCAUCAGGAAGGCCACAGCAUGGGUGUGUAUGACAUUGCCUUCCAUCAAGAUGGCUCUUUGGCUGGCACUGGGGGACUGGAUGCAUUUGGUCGAGUUUGGGACCUACGCACGGGACGUUGUAUCAUGUUCCUGGAAGGCCAUCUGAAGGAAAUCUAUGGAAUACAUUUUUCCCCCAAUGGGUACCACAUUGCAACUGGCAGUGGUGACAACACCUGCAAAGUGUGGGACCUUCGACAGCGGCGUUGCGUGUAUACCAUCCCUGCCCACCAGAACUUAGUAACUGGUGUCAAGUUUGAGCCUAUUCAUGGGAACUUCUUGCUCACUGGUGCCUAUGAUAACACAGCCAAGAUCUGGACCCACCCAGGCUGGUCCCCACUGAAGACUUUGGCUGGCCAUGAAGGCAAAGUGAUGGGCCUAGACAUUUCUUCUGAUGGGCAGCUCAUAGCCACUUGUUCAUAUGACCGGACCUUCAAGCUCUGGAUGGCUGAAUAGACAAGACAAUGGAAAAAGGACUUGCAACUUCAAGCUCUCCCUUAGGAGCUAUUUUCCUCAAAAGAAAAGAAUUGAAGUGUUUAGUUCUAUCAUGUUUUUUGCCAAUUGCCAUGUAUAGACCCUCAGUAGAACUGGAUAUUCAUGUCAGCCCCCACUCCAGACAGGCAGCUCACUGACUAGUUGAUGGUGAACCCCUUUCAUGGUUGAAAAUUUAACUCCCCUCUUGAGGCCCUGCCACAAACUGUGUAGACAUUGUUUUUAAUCUUUUGUUUGAAUGCCUUUUAGCCUUCCAUACGGUCCUCAGGGUUUUGACUGGCCCUUUCCAUUUUUAAUUCUUGAAACUUGGCUUUCCAUAACAUGGUAUAUGCUUCAGGACUACCUAUGACCCAGAGAGCAAGGUGACUGGACUAUAGUUUGGAAGCCCUCAAGUUAAAGAGGCACAUCUUUACCAUUUAUUGGUUAAAUGGUGCCUGACAGCAAGGACUUUUCCUCUCCCUCUAGAAUGGGAGAUGAAGCAAAAGACUGCAGCUAUGCUGUUGGUUAUGCAAUGAAGAUUUUACCUCUUCCUUUUGAGUUCACUUGGAAUGCUAACUGCAUCAGGAACCUCAGAACUGAGCAUUUCUCUUUUCAGAAAAUGUCUUCGAUUUGCUCUGAAGUAUGGCAUUCUUCAUAUUACCCUAAGCAAGACCAUGUGUCAGGAUUCAAAGAAUUUUUUAGAAAGCAAACAUGAUGUUUCCAUUUUGUACAACUCUAUUUCAGUUGGUUAUUUAAAGGAUGUGCUUCAUGUAUUAAAGGGUACUUCAUAUCAAA